AUGCACAACGCUCAACUUGGAAGAAAUCCUUUCUAUGACACGAACAAUGUAGCUCCUCAGAAGCAGUCAAAUGACGUCUUCUCCGGAAUGAAUCUCUCUAUGCAAGCUUUCAAUGCCACCCCAACCCCGAUCAAAGAGGAGCAGCUCAAUCAAUUCAACAUGAGCUCAUGUUUCAACUAUUCCGGUCUCAAGUUGCCCGCGUGUCAUCCUGGGACAUUUUCACAGCCUGGUGAGUUCAUUUUUCAAUCCAAGUUCCUCAAUCGGUUCCUCAUUCGUCAUCAGUGUUUUCGUAUAGCGUCGUUUAUAGUUAGAAUUGAAUAUAGACACACGUGA